CGUACCAGCGAGGAGCAGUGUGACCCAAUGGCUCCGGAUCCUCUGCGCUUGGAAGUGGUCGGGCACCUCAGCGAGCCCUCGUUCCACGUCGCGAAAUGUGCGGCCGAGGUGUUAAAGCAUUCAUUUGAUGCAGACUUUGAGGACCCCGUCAUACAUCCCCUCCUGGAGUGUGCCUGGAAUCACUACCUAUCUGAGAAGAAGAAGGAACUUAAAGGGGAAACAUGGGAGUUUUCAUCGAGUGUCAUGUGCUUUAUUGAUGGCCAGUUUAUUGGAGAUGAAAAGGCAUUGGUCUCAUGGGCCAACUCUUCAUGGGGAUACAGGGACUACAGGCCUUUACCUUUAUACAAGGCUUUGGCUGAGGACUUCUACACCAAACAUUUGAAAGCCAAAAAGCAUGUGUAUGUAUACCUCAACAUUGCAGUUCAAGAGAAACCAAUUGGAAGGUUAUUGUUUGAGCUGUUCUCCGAUGUGUGCCCCAAAACAUGCAAAAAUUUCCAAGCUUUGUGCACCGGUGAAGCUGGGGAUUCUCCGAAUGGUUUGAAGCUACAUUACAAAAAUUCUGUCUUUCAUCGCAUAGUAAAAAAUGGAUGGAUACAAGGAGGGGAUAUAUUAUCAGGUAAAGGAAAUGGAGGUGAAUCUAUCUUCGGGGAAGCAUUUGAAGAUGAAAACUUUGCAAUUCCGCACAAUAAACGGGGAAUACUUGGUAUGGCCAAUAAGGGCCGUCACACAAAUGGAUCCCAGUUCUACAUCACCCUGCAGGCUACACCAUACAUGGACAGAAAAUCUGUGGCGUUUGGCCAACUAAUUGAAGGCAGUGAUGUUCUAAGGAAAAUGGAAGACAUCCCGACGUACAACGAGCGCCCAACACAGGACUGCCGAGUCACAGAAUGUGGCAUCUUUACACCUUAAUCACAUCAAUCUUAAAAAAAAGUGAAUCAUUUACACCA